AUUUCUUUCUUCAUAUUGUAAAGGGGAGCAAAUCCCUAUUUUGCUCCCUCUAUUGGUAGAUUAAGGACCCUCCCAUUGUCAUUUCAGUGGCUCAUAAGGCUUCCCUCAUCUCAGUCUUUUUGGUUCUUGAGAAUGGUCGCCACCUCUCCUAGGACCAGAAUGAUUAUCCCUACCCGAUGGGUUUAGAUCCAUCCCUGAAUGUCGUCGGGUACUGUUCACUUCCCCGCCAUUCUUGUAACCGUCACCUGUAAUCCGCGCAGGUGUGUCCGCACCCCCCUGAGUGGACGAGAAAGAAAGGAGAUUUCUUGGAGCAACCGAACCCUUAGGUUCUAGACUCAUGAGUCAACUUUUCCGUAUGAGCAUUCAAUAGGCAGUCUGAGGGUUUGUCGCGGUUUGUUGCUGUGCUUAUACACUAUGCUAUCUUUCUCCGAAAGCUCCGUAGGACCACUUACCACUAGUCUUUGGCCGGAGGGGUUUAUUGCAUAAAAACCGGGAUGCAGGCCCCCGAAGAGGGAUGCCCAACGAAUGUCAAAUGCAAAGCCCUGCACCUCAUUAAGAUCAUGUUGGCAUACCCCUUAGAAAAAAAGGGCAACCCCAUUGAAGACGAGAGUGAGGUACAACAAGGCCAUUUCUGUCCAUCGCUCUUCUCACAGAGUUGUAUGUGGACGUUACUGCUCAUACAACUCCCGGCUAGCAAGAGUUAGCCUUCCUUUACAUGGAAUGGAAGUGUGGAUGAAUUGA